UUCAACCGUUAUUUACAAGAACAAACCAAGGGCAAAAUGAGCGAGACGGAUUUAUUUUCCAGUCUGUCAGAAAUUUCCACCUGCAGAAUCUUCAAUGCACUCCAUUUCCAGUCAAGUUGGCGGCGGCCCUUUAGCACGGCAAAAACCCUAAAGAAAACUUUCACAACGGCGGACGGAGGCCGUGUUUCCGUGGACACGAUGCAUAUUAUUCUGAAAUGCCCCUGCUGGACACCGGAGGACAUGGGCGGGGCCAAAUUUCUUGAAGUGCCCUUUGCAGAAGGUUUUUGGAAAGCGAUUUUUAUACUGCCCGGUCUUACAAGACGGUUUCCUUGGAUGCAGAAGCGCCAGCACAGCUUGGAGGAGCUCACUAGUUUGCUGACGGAUGUUAAGUUAGCAGAAAUUUUGAAAAACAUGCGUAAUAAAGUGGUGCAGGAGGUGGAGAUUCAAAUGCCGAAAUUUCGAAUGGAACGCAAUAUAGAGCUGUGUCCAAUACUGCGAGAACUGGGCCUUGUGACGGCACUGGAUGACUCGGCGGAUUUUUCUGAAAUGGCGGAAACAUCACCGUUUUGUAUUAACAGUGUCCUUCAAAAAGUCAGAAUAGAUGUUGACGAAUACGGUACGGAAACACCACCCAUCAAUAAGCAGUUAACCAUAAUGGACCAAAUGGACAACUUUAUGCCGUAUAACGGCGAGUUUAUCGCCGACCGACCGUUCAUUUUCCUAAUACGUCACCGGGAUCUUGAUUACAUUGUGUACAUGGGACACGUCGCGGAUCCUUCAGCUUCAUAG